GUUUUUAGCCUUUCAGUGUUUAAUGUGUUUAAAGCGUUAUAAGACGGUAGUGCUCCCGACGACGGUAUUAAUAUUGAAAGCAUUUUGCGUUAGUAAUGUAAAACAAAUGUGGAUUAUUGCUGAAUGCAAUUAUAAUGGCGUGAGGCCUGUUCAAAUCAACUAGAAGUAAAAUCGAACAAAAUUGGAAUGUUUAAUAUAGUUAUAUUUUAUCUACAUUUUAUUACAGAAGAUGCAUUUAUUAUCUCGUGCAUUAUACUAUAAAGUCAUUGUACUCUAUUCCUGUGUCACUAUCACUGCAUAAAGCUAGUGAAAUCUUAGGUGUUAUGUGUUUUAUUUAAUUUUUUUAAGAGUGUCGUGUUUUUGGGUGGUUUUAUUCUGCUAGUGAAUGAUUGAAGUGGAUUUUGCUGGAUACGAUUGAAACACAUGUACAGGUAAUAUUGUAUCGCAAAAUAAAAUAAUGUUAGAAAUAGUGCAUUUUAUUUUACUUAAAGAGGUUGAAGCCUUAUUUUAGAACCAUUGAGAGUUUUAGCAUUGUGACAUUAUUUUCACCCGUUCAACUCAGUCUUUAUCCUUUUAAUUUUCACAGGGUUCCUACGCAGUUUGGAAAAGUAUGGAAUUUGAUUUGAAUAAUUUCCAGAUCUGGACCUCCAUACCACAUCAAAGUGAAGCUGCUACCAGAGAUGGCAAUAUUUCAGUCAUUCUACGAGUGAAGAGGCCACAUGGAUUCAAACAAGCAGGAGUAAUUCUGGCGUAACAACUAAUCCUGCUUAACACACUAUUGAAAAGAUGGAAUUUGUCAGAGUGGUGAUUGGGGACGUGAGUGAUCCAGAACCAUUCAAAAUUUUAAAGGAUGACUGCGAGGAACAAAAAGACCUGUUGGAGGUGAAAGAGGAAAGUCAAGAGUUGAAUGAAGUUAAGGAGAAAUGUCAGUUUGAGGAACCUCAUGCAUUCAUAACUAGUGAAAAUCUUUGCUCACAGACUGAAAAUAAAUGUACACAGAAAACCGCUCUCAUCUGCCCUCAUUGUGGAAAGUGUUUUAAACAAAGAGGACACCUUGAUGAUCACAUAAGGACUCACACCGGAGAGAAGCCUUACACAUGCCUUCAGUGUGGAAAGAGUUUCACACAUAAAGGAAACCUUAAGGAUCACAUGAGAAUUCACUCUGGAGAGAGGCGAUUCGCAUGUCAGCAGUGCGGAAAAAGAUUCACACAUAAAGCAAACCUUACAGAUCAUAUAAGGAUUCACACUGGAGAGAAGCCUUUCACAUGCACACAGUGCGGAAGGAGUUUCACACAUGCAACAAGUCUCAAAACUCACCUGCUCACUCACUCUGGAGAAAGGCCAUUUAACUGUGAACAGUGUGGUCAAAAAUUCAUUUUAGCGGCACACUUAAAAAGACACCUUAAAAUCCACACAAAUGAGAGGCCCUAUGUGUGUUCUUUUUGUGGGAAGAGUUUUUUAUGGCUCUGCUAUUUUAAAGACCACCAGAAAAAACACACCGGUGUGAAAGCUCAUGUGUGCUCUGAGUGUGGCAGUGCUUUUACUAGAGCCAGUGAAUUGAAAAUGCACCAAAGAAUCCAUACUGGAGAAAAACCGUACAAGUGCUCAUAUUGUGGAAAGAGUUUCGCUGAAUCUGGAAACCUGAAAAAACAUGAGCGAGUGCACACUGGAGAGAAGCCGUACCAGUGCCCUUCAUGUGGGAGGGGUUUCAGCCAAUUCAGCCAUCUACUGAGACAUUUAAAACAGCAAAACUGCCCAAAGUUGUCACAGUUCAUCUUCAGGCCCCAAGAUGAGCAAAGUUCAUCCCCAGGUGCAACACUUUCAAGUACAUAGUAAUUCUGUUGAAUCAAAGACUCCCAAAAUAGCAGUUUUAUCUACAAGGAUGGACUGAUGUUUCUAGUCAUCUGGGAUGACUUGAAAUUGAAGCAUUGAAGGUCAAUAUAUUACUGUAUCUGUUACUGUAUUAUUAAGCUUUACAUAACCUGGAUUUCAUAAUAUAUAUCCAUAGAAGCUGACAUGGCAUUAAAAACAUCAUCAAAGUGGGUAACUUUUUAAAAUACAUUACUUGGAAUGAUGAAACUUAGUACAGAGUAGUAGGUUGCUGUGAAGUACCAUGUUCUUAGAGGUGUUUUUCUUAUGUUGAAGUAGAAAAAAAAAUAUAUAUUGAUGUGGGAUGGUUCACUCAGAAAUGAAAUUUGUCAUCAUCAUCUCUCUUGCAUGUUGCUCCAAACCUCUAUGAUUUCUUUCUGCUGAACACAAAAGGAGAUAUUUAAAGGGAUAGUUCACCCAAAAAUGAUUCCAUGAUUUACUCACCCUCAAGCCAUCCUAGGUGUAUAUGAAUAUCUCAUUUCAGACGAACGCAAUCAGAGAUAUAUUUAAAAAAAUAUCCCUAGUCCUCCAAGGUUUAUAAUGGUUGUGAGUGGUACCCCAAAUCCUGAAGACAAAAAAAAUAAAAUAAAAUCCAUCCAUAAAAAAAUUAUUCCAUACGACUCCAGGGGGUUAAUAAAGGCUUUCUGAAGUGAAUCGAUGCAUUUGUGUAAGACAAGUGUCCUUAUUUAAAACUUUAUAAAGUAAAAUAACGAGCUUCUGGCGCGACAGCCAUACGCAUUCGACGUACGUCCAAAAAGCGUUAACUUCUAUGACGUAGUACACAAUGCCAUGAUGUUCUACACAAUGACAUGACAAACAGCCAUAGACUGUAAAAAUAAAUAUGGGCGUAGUGUCUAUAACGCCACCCAUAGAUUUCUGAAGAGCAUUUUUUAAGCCAAAAAGUGGUCGUUGCCAUCGUUACCAAAUAUUGAUAUAUUGUCCAUUGUUCGCAUCACAUUUCUUCUGAAUGAUCUGCUCUCCAUCAUCAAUCUUCAAGAAAUUAUGCAAUCUGAACAGUGUUUAUGUUGUAAAACUGUAUACGAUUGUAUAUAUUAGACUCUCACUAACAAAUGAGCCUGCAUCCAAAGUAUAAUUUUUCAAAACAGUGCAGCAGUUUUAGUUCUAAUAUCCAAGCAGUUCUGUCAAAUUUUGUGGUGUCUUGAGAGGCAUAUUCUCCAAUCAUUAUAAUAGUAAAUCUCACGAACAAAACUUUUAGCCAAUGCUAAGACGAUCCAACAACAUGUUCUGUUUAUCUUCCGCAUGUGUGCACAUGUACACAGACAUACAUCUGUCUCUUAUUCGAUAAUUGUAUGAAAAAAGCACAAACACGGUAGAGAUACCAAAUUCAGCGGCUGAGGUAACAUGACGGCUCACAGACAGCAGCGGAAAUCCACCUGGCAUUCAAGUGGCCACGCCCUUAAUUAUGCAUAAUUUUUAGGCUUAAUAUAAUUUAAAGGGAUGAGUUAUAAAAAAAUUCACCCCCCUCAGAGUUGUCAUAUAGACCAAACCCACAAUUUGUACCAGGCUGUAAACAUGUUGGGUUUUUUUCUGCUGUAAAGUUGGGCAUUUUAACAUGGGGCUCAAUGAGAUUCUGCUCUCUUUUGGAGCCUUUCCCUAGCAGCCAAUCAUUGAAAUGCAAUUUAAGUCAUUUCCGUAUUGGCUUCAAGAGAAACUGAGGGAGGUUGGCGCUUGCGAACAACAUGCAGUUUGAAAAUGAAAUCCUUCAAUUUCGUUUUUUGGUGAACUAUCCCUUUAAGCCUUAUAUCCAAGCUCUUUGUUUAUACCCUGCUUUUUUCCACACAAACGUGCAAUUCUGACUGUCAAGCGCCAAGUACAAUAAAUGCAGACUCUUUCUAAAAUCCCUUUGUUUUCCAUAGAAGAAGAAAAAAAUUGAAGUUUUGAGCAACAUUGGACACUAGAUUGUGACAAAUUCUCAUUUCAGCGUUAACUGUGCCUUUCUGUCAAUUAUAGUGGAGAACUAAAGAUAAUUAACUGCAGUGAGAUCAGUAAGGUUUUAGUGAUUAACCAAGAUUAACCAGUCAACUGGUAGAACAUGACACUAUCAGUGCCAAAAUCAGUUUGAUUUUCAAGUAACACAAUUGUUGAUAGAAUGUAUACAUUGAAUGCAUUGAAUGCAAACUGAAUAAAUGUUUAAUGCUUGUUCACCUUUAGAAAGUCUUGUGGAUAAAGUACAUUUUCUA